AUGAAACUUAAAGAAAUUCCUCGCACUGCAACUUUUGCCUGGAGCCCUGGGCAACAUUUGCCCAUUGUUGCUAGCGGCACUGUUGCUGGUGCUCUUGAUGCGUCUUUCUCAAACACUACAGAAUUGGAACUUUUCCACCUAGAUUUACAUAAGACUGACUCUAGUCACGAAUUAAAACCUGCAGGUGUUGUUACUAGUAAUGCAAGAUUUGACAGACUUGUAUGGGGAAACGCUUCUGAUAAAGCAUAUGGCAUAAUUGCUGGUGGCAUGGAAAAUGGUGAAUUGGAUCUGUGGGAUCCGGCAAUUAUCAUAGAGGGUGGAGAUGUUGAAAAAGCUCUUCUGUUGCGAAAUAAGCAACAUUCGGGCAAUGUUCGUGGACUUCAGUUCAACCCUUUUCAAAAUAAUUUAUUGGGAUCAGCGGCUACAAAUGGCGAAAUUUUUAUUUGGGAUUUGACAAACCCCGAAAAACCUUAUGGACCGGGUACACGAUCCCCAAAACUUGAAGAAAUCACAUAUUUGGCUUGGAAUAACCAAGUGCAACAUAUAUUAGCCACAUCGUCAACUACAGGUUAUACAGUAAUUUGGGAUUUGAAAAAUAAACGCGAGGUAAUGCAUCUAUCGUACAGUGGCCCCACAGCGAAUAUAGGCGCGCCAUAUGGGAUGGGAUCUCUAAAUGUAGCUGGAGCUCUUGGAGGUGGUGGUAGAAGAGGAACUACUUCGGUUGCUUGGAAUCCAGAUGUGGCUACACAAUUGAUUACCGCUUCUGAAGAUGACAAUAACCCCGUGAUAGUAAUGUGGGAUCUUCGUAACGCACACGCUCCAGAAAAGGUUUUAACUGGACAUCAAAAAGGGAUUUUAGCCCUUUCUUGGUGUCGAAAAGACGCUGAUCUAUUACUAUCAAGUGGAAAAGAUAGUCGAACAUUAUGCUGGAAUCCAAGAACAAGUGAAACAAUAGGCGAACUACCUCCUAGUUCAAAUUGGAUUUUUGACGUUCAAUGGUGUCCUGGAAAUCCAGACUUGUUGGCAACCGCCUCGUUUGAUGGCAAGAUCAGCGUGCAUUCUUUGCAAUCACCUCACGAUCCUCAAACUUCAAUACCACAAAACGAUGAUCCUUUCGCACCGAUCACAUCCUCUUAUAAUCAGCAAUCUUUGGCAUUAAAGCAACCACCUAAAUGGCUAAGGCGUCCUGUUGGUGCUGUUUUCGGCUUUGGUGGCAAAGUAGUGUCUUUUACUAACAAACCAGUAACGGGGCUCAACGGUACCACUUAUCGUGUUAUCAUCUCUACCCCUAUUACAGAACCUGAAUUUGUGAAAAGAUCUAUCGAAUUAGAGACAUCUAUUGAAGCAAAAACACUCGUUCACUUAUGUGAGAAUCGUGGAAAAGAGGCACGUAAUGAUCUCGAAUCUGAGAAUUGGAAAGUGCUUCAAACCUUAUUUAAUGAAGAUGCACGUGAGCAAUUAGUCAAGCACCUGGGAUUCUCUAAAGCUGAUGUUGUUGCGCAGAUAUCAGACGCAAUUAAGGCGAUGAAAUUGGAUUCCACGUCCAAAAUGGAUAAUGAUCCAUCAAGUAUACUACAGCCUAGCUAUAUUGACUCAGGUAAAGUGUCCACUUCUAAUAGUCCUAUAGAUGUGAAAAAUGAAUCGCAAAGCAUCAUCACCAGUAAAAAAGAGGAUGGUCUAGAUGCUCUUUUCACUGAUGGACCUAAUUCAGGUGGACUAUCGGAUGCUUCUGAUUUAUUUAGCUCUACUUCGAUUCCCGAUGCAUUCACCGUCGCCGCGGCUCUGAAAACCUCAAAUGAAGAAAAAGCUUUUAAAAUUUAUCCAGCUGAUGAAUCAGAAUACGAUAAACUUGUCACACGUUCAAUCGUUCUUGGAGAUUUCGAAUCUGCGGUCAACCUUUGUUUAGAGGCUAAUAGGUUAUCGGAUGCAUUAGUUUUGGCGGGAUUCGGAGGACCAGAACUUUUACAACGCACUCAAAAAAUUUACUUUGAACGUUGCGCUUCAACAGUACCUUAUCUUCGAUUACUUCAGAGUAUUGUCUCUGGAGAUUUAUCGGACAUUGUAUACAAUGCAGAUUUAAGUGAAUGGCAAGAAGUUGUAGUUGUGCUUUGCACUUUUGCUCGAGGUGAAGAAUUCGCUGGAUUAUGUAAUUCAUUGGGACAAAGAUUAGAAGAACAGUAUCGAAAGUUGCAAAGCACUUUUGAAACCGAGGAAGUAAAAGCACAAGCUCUUCGCUAUCGAAGAAGUGCAGUAUUAUGCUAUUUAGGAUCGGGAAAUCUUGAGAACGUUGUAAAUAUUUGGAUUGCUGAGCAAGAAGAGGAGGAACAAGAUAAAGAGCAUCUUGAUUCGCCAUACUCAUAUCAUGCAAAAACUUUGCAAAAUUUGAUCGAAAAGGUCACAGUUUUCCGAAAAGCAAUCGAUUACCUAGCCACACUAUAUCAAAAGUAUGCAGAAUACGCUGCGAUAUUAGCAGCGCAAGGUCGUUUGAGCUCUGCGCUAAAAUACAUAAGCUUGAUCCCAUUGGAAUAUCAAAGUGAUGACACACAAGAAUUGCAAGAUUCAUUAACGAUAAUUAGGGAAAGAAUAUAUAAUUCGGGGGUAGACGUGGGUAACACUAAGCCACCCACAUUUCCAUUUGAGCAAGUUUUUGUUGGUGCUGAUGGUGAAUCGAAUCCAUUUAAUGCAUCUAAUGAGGUAAAUCAAUACCAGCAAACCGCAAUCAAUAAUAAUCUCGCACAAGCAUACAAUCCACAACAACAAAUCCCUGCGGGACAGACAAAUUAUUAUAAUCAACAACAAUUAUAUCCAUACAAUGUUCCACAACAAGUUGGCGGUCUAUAUCAACCGCCAGCACUGCAGCAACAAAUUCCACCCAAUCAACAACCUAUUGGUUAUAAUAAUCAAUAUGCUCAAGUAGGAUAUAAUGUAUCGGCGCCUUAUCAACAACCCGCUUAUCCAACCGCACCUCAUUAUCCGACUCGUGGUGGUCCACCACCGGGAGUUCCGUAUCAACCAAUUCCACCACCAACUUCCCCUAAUAAUGCAACGAGAAUUUCUCCACCACCUCAAACUCGUCAAGUCCCUCAAGAUUAUUACGGACCUGGUCGAUCUACACCUACACCACCACCACCCAUUAAUAAUCAAGUAUAUGCGGUUAAUAAUCCUACAAAUCUUGGUUUUCCCACGGCAACCACUGCUCAAAAUGCACCUCAACCUGUUCAACCCGCAAAAGCACCUGCUCCAGCAAAAGCGCCAACUCCCGUGAACAAACAUCCUGCUGGUGAUCGAACUCAUAUUCCUCCCGCUCAUAAACCAAUAUACGAGAUUUUCAGUAGCGAACUGCUACGAGCGCAACAAAAAUCUCCGCCAAAUCAAAAGAAGGUAUUAGAUGAUACUGCGAAACGUCUUAACGCUUUAUUUGAUGAGUUAAAUAACGAACUUGUUCCGCAGCCAGUUAUUGGAUCUUUAUUAAAUCUAGUUCAAGCUCUACAAGUACGCGACUAUGCAACUGUAACCAGAAUUCACGUUGAAUUAAUGACUACCAAAUUUGAUGAAUGUCAAAAAUGGAUAGUGGGGCUUAAAAGACUAAUAGAUAUUUUAAAAGUAUUAUAA